AUGACAAUGUUUCAUGACAUAUGGCAAACAAUGGUACUAGAAGAAGGAACAAUACAAGAACAAUAUGAUAGCAUUGAAUUGUGUCUAUCCGAACAAACAAAACAAAAUUUUUAUAAACAUCUUCAAGAUACAAAUACAUAUGAACAAUGGCGUACAAAUAUUCAUCGAGAAUUAGAAGAAGAUCUUCAACGACAAGUACAACAAGUACUUGACGAAACAGAAAGACAAGAACGUUUAGCUAAAUUACGUCGACAAUAUCUUCGUCAAAUUUUUAAUUUUAUUUCUCAAACAAUUGACAAGAUCACUAGUAUUUCGAAUUCAUCGUCUUCAUCUUUAUCAAUAAAUAGAGCUGGUAAACAUCCUUCAUCACAAAAAAUCGAAACAAAUGCUCAUCACAAUGAUCCAUGGAGUGAAAUAGAUCGACGUAAUCAACGUGUUCUUCAUCCACUUAAUGCAAAAGAAUCGUAUGGAACACAAAAUCAUCUUCCACCAUUUGAUUAUCAAAGAAAUAAAUUGUCUAGCAAUAGUUUUAAUUUCGAAUCAUAUACUAAUCUUUGUCAUCGUCGACGAAGUUUAUCAAAUCGAAAUGAUGAACAUUUAUUAGAUGAUUCAGUAUUUGAUUUACGAAAUCUUCAUGGCAAACGAGCACCAAUAAUUUCAAUUAAUAAGGAUUCAUCAUUUUUAUAUGGAAAUAGUAUUCUUAAAUCAAAUAAAGCUGAUAUCUUAAAUAAACUUGAUCAACGAACAAUUAACGGUGAGAAUACAACUCCUUAUGUCAAUAAAUAUGGAAUUAUUAUUAGUGAGGAUGGACCAUUCUGGCCACAUGAUUUUCGUAUUCUUCAUCCAACACCAAAAUUACUUAGCCGCGAAUUGACACCUAAAGAAUUUUAUAUUACAGCCACAAAUUCAUUAUUGCCAAGUAAGUUAAAAAAAAUAGUAACAAGAGAAGAAAAGAAGAACAGCAAAGAAAUUGAGAAUGUCUUUAUAAGUAACAAAUAA